AUGAGUCUAUGGUUGGUGAAGGAAUUAAUAAGGUACAAAAGAACAACCAUGUUAACAUCAGUGAGUAAGGUUGGAAAUUUGGCUUUGAUGGCUACAAGAAGUGCCUUUACUAGCACAAGGUUAUAUUCAUAUUGGAGAGGAAACACUUUAAUUGGAAAUGAGACUAUGAUGAUGAUAAUGUGUACAAGGAGGAGCAUCAAAAAAAUGGAGUUAUAUUUAACAAGUGUUAGAUCUAUAUGUACUGGAAGUAAACAAAAGGAGAAGAUAGAUAAUACUGAGGAGGAACUCGUAAAGAAGCAAGAUAAGGAUUGCUGUGAUAAAGAUAUUAGUACUAAGAUUCAAAAAGGUAAUAAUAAUGGUAAAGAUAAUGACGGUAGUCGUGGUGAUGAUAAGAAUAAUUGUAAAAAUACAAUACCUAAAUUUGUUAUCCCAAAACGUGACAAACAAAUUAGAAGUAUGAUUGUACCCCGUGUCCCCUCUACAGAUUAUAUUUCUAGUGCCUCCAUUCAUAUUGAAGGAUUGUUUGCCGGUUAUAGACCUCUUUUCUUAGGGAAUUCAGUUUCUCCUUUAGACGGUAGUGAUAAAUAUUAUGAUAUGAGUAAUAAUUUAUCAAACUUAGAAGGAGUGAAUAGUAGAAGACUUGUUAUGCCAUGGAAUGUUUCAAUAAGUGGCAUUAAAUACCACAAAGAUGAUAAUAAUGAUACAAGUAAUAUCGUAAAGGAUGCUUUUCAAAAUAUUCCAGAUAAAUUAUUAUAUAAACUACGUCCUUUUAAGCUUCAUUCAGAAGAUGUAGAUUUAUGGAUUAAUGGAGAUAAUAUAGAUAAUAAUAUAAAAAGGAGUUCUUGUAAUAGCGGUAAGUGUAAUACUGAGAGAGGUAUUUUAUAUGGUAGAAGAAGUAAAAGAAAUAAAAUGGUGGUAUUAGAAUUUCAUAAUUCAAAAAUUAAUGAUAGACCCGAAUUUGUAGAUUUAUAUAAUAUUAGGGAGCAAGGUCAUUAUAAUGAGAACACUAACACCAUUUCAUAUCCGGGUCAUAACAGUCGUAAUUAUAAUCAUGCAAAGCAUUAUGGAUCAAUUAACUAUAGAGAUAUGGAAUUCAAGAAACAGUUGAAAAGAACACAAAAAUUGUAUGACAAUGAAUUGCAAAGUUUAGCAUAUGAUUUCCAAUUUAUUAGAAAUGAUCAAAUAAAGUUUCGUGAUAAAAUAGAAUCUCUCAAUGAAUCACUGAUUGAUAAAUUUGAGGAUUUAACUGGUCUAAGGAUCCAAUUGCAACGUCAAGAGAAUCAAUUACCGAUAUACAUUUAUUUUCAAUCAAAUCUUGUUACAAAAAGAAGAUUAAAAGCAAUUAUUUCAAAUUCUAUCAUUUUGCAAACAGAACCAAUAUUAUCUACUUUAUUACCAAAUUUUGAAACAGCAUCAAAAGCAAAUUGUUAUCAUCUAAGAUUUAAGAAUAAUGUGAAAAAAGUUAUAUCCAGUUUACUGGAAAAUAUUCCCUCUUUGUUGUUUGUGGAUUCAAGUCGAUCAAUUGAUUAUGUUUAUCAAAGAAGUCCAGUUCCUGGUUUUAAAAGAAUUUACUGGUUAAAUCCAAACAAUAGAAGAUUGGUUAUUAUGAAUAAGAGAAGGAAUUCUAUGGUAUUAAAGAAGAACAAAAUAAGAAGAAUAGGGUUCCGGGUUAGUGAGUCAAUUAAUUUGUAUGGUAAGAAGGUAAAUGAAUUGUUUAAGGAAUGGGAUUAUUAUACUAAAUGA